AUGGCCCCCCUUAAUACUCUUCGAUGGAGCCCGAGGAUAGACGACAGUCAUCUGGGGCAAUUCCUGACUCUGGACGCCAGGGGGCUGCGCACCCACUCUGACGAGAUAAUCCAGCUUCGGCCUGGGCAGAAUCGGACUGCUGCAUGGUCGCGAUCCAGGGUUCCUCUCGGGUACGGGAUGCACAUAGUCAGGUUUACUCAGUUCGAGCAGGGGUGCAGCGUGGAGACGUACAUCUCUGCUCAUGAUACUCACGAGAGCUACCGCAAAAAUGGAUGUCACAUACACACGAGACUGUGGUACCGGCCGGAACACUGGCCAAGGGUCAACGGCGUGCCGCAGGUCAUGGUUACGAUUCAGGACAGGAACCAGUUCAUGAUAUUCCAGUGGAAGGAGGGCGAGGAGCCCAGGGACCUCAACUCGGACAGCCCCAACCCGUCGUCCUGGGGCCAGCCGCUUGUGUGGAUUACGGCCGAGCGCGACCAUCGGGGAACCAGAACGCAGGCGUGCAGCCUCGACGACGUGGGCUUCUACCCGACUCGCCUGACCACCAAGAUCCGAUUCUGCGCGGUGUCCGCCUGCCCCGGCUACGAGAACUGCGCCAAGAGGAAGGGCCACGAACAGUGCAUGGCCUUGGCCACCCGCGUCGAGAACGGUGACUACGUCGAUAGGCCCUACAUCGCCGUGAGGCAGGUCCGCACGUUCUCGUGUCUUAGCGGAGACUGCUCAUCCGGGAUUCCCACCACCACCUGGCGUCCUCCUGCCAGACCUGUUCGCCCCAAGGUUACGGAGAAGUCUGCGACUACGCCUGCAUCGCCAAAGGAGUCGAAGAAGCCUAGGACUAGGCGCCCAAAGGGUCGGAAGAAGAAGCCUGGAUCUAAGUCGAAGGGCCCGAAAGAUCCGGCAAAGCAGCGGCCAACGCCACCACCCUUGGCUCCGGGGCAGCCUGCGUCUGGACCUGAUCCCGCAGGAGUCCCGGGGGGUCCUCAACCCGUCGUCCCUGACCGCGAGCGGGGCAGGCCUACUCAGCCGAAGGUCGAAGGAAGGGCACACGUCUUCGACGGCUGUGGCUACCACAACGACGACCACCACUGGAACGACUUCGACCCCGACCCCGGCGUCAACUUCCAUCAAGGCGACGGCUUCCACUCAGGUGACAAGUACUGUGAAGACCACCACAACGGCUGCGACCACGACCACGACUUCGACCACGGUAUCAACUUCCACCGAGGCGGAGACUUCCACUCGGGCGAUAACUACGGUUCAGACUUCCACAACGGCUACGGCUUCGACCACAACUACAACUUCGACCUCGGUAUCAACUUCCACCCUAGCGUCAAUUUCCACCGAGGAGACGACUUCCACGCGGAUGUCAAGUACGACCACCACAAUGACUACGACUUCGGACCGGACGACUUCAACAACCCCGGCAUCGGUUUCGACCGAGGUGACGACUUCCACCCGGACGAAAACUUCGACCGAGACAACAACUUCAACGAAGGCGAAAACUACAACUACCACACCGGUUACGACAGCGACCCGGGCGGUAACUUCGACGACCUCGACCCAGCGGACUACCUCGACCAAGACGACGUCUUCGGCGGUAACAUCUUCAACGAAGAAGACGUCUUCGACCAAGGCGACACGUAUAGCCAAGGUGACGUCCCCAACGAAGGUGACGCCUUUAAAGAAGGUGACGUCCCCAAAGAGGGUAACGCCGCCAGCGAAGGUGACGCCUUCCAAGAAGGUGAUGGCUCCAAAGAGGGUAACGCCCCCAGCGAAGAAGAAGACGUCCCCGACCAAGACGGCGCCCCCGGCGGCCUCCCCGAUCAAGACGAAGUCCUCGACUAA